AUGAAAGAAAUACAGAAUACCAUUUCGGAUUACCUGUCAACAUCUUUGAAUGAUAAGCAAGUGCAGGAAUUAAAUCGCUUAUGCGAAGCACGUUGCGGACGUAUGCCAUUGCAGUACAUAAUCGGUGAAUGGGAUUUCAUGAACAUAACACUGAGAACUGCACCGACUGUGUUUAUUCCACGCCCGGAAACUGAAGAGUUUGUGCAAAAAGUUAUAAAUGAGUACCGCGAUGUUAGUGAACUUAAUCUACUUGAAGUCGGUUGUGGGUCGGGAGCAAUGUCAUUGGCCAUACUGCAUGAAUUGCCACAGGUACGUAGCUUUGCUAUUGAACGCAGCCUUACAGCUACACAUUUAGCUAAAGAAAAUGUAAAACUAUUGGAUUUAGAGGAUCGGUUUGAAGUUUUCAAUCACAUAAUGGAAGCAGAUAAUUACUUGCCACCCGAACUAUGUGAAAAAACCUUUGAUGUAAUUAUAUCAAAUCCUCCUUAUGUAAAAACUGAAGAAUUUCAAUAUCUGCAACCAGAAGUUACUGCAUAUGAAAAUCUGAACGCUUUAGAUGGUGGACCAGAUGGUUUAAAAGUAGCACGAUUAGUGUUUAAUUUGGCUUCUUUGUAUUUGCGUUCUGGUGGCAAACUUUGGUUGGAGCUGGGAACAGAUCACCCACAGCUUGUGAAAAGAAUUAUGAAUCGUCAGUAUUCUGGACGUUUGAAGUAUGUAGCCGGCUACAAAGACCAAUACAAACAAGAACGUUUUGUUGAAAUUGAAAGAGUUUGAAGCACAGUAUUUCACGUUUUAAUUUUUCUUGCAUUCGAGUAUAACUAUUCAUAAAAUGAAGUUCAGACAAAAUAUUUUUGUUAUAGUACAAUAAUGUAUUUAAAAAUAUGUUAUCACGAACCCUAAUUAAAUUCUGUGUUUCUU